AUGGACGAGUCCCACACGUCGAGGAGCAAGGAAAAGGUGAAGCCCGACAAGAACCAGAGAGCAGCUAUACAGAGCCUAGCCGGCGCAGAGGUGUUGCAAUUGCUCCUGCAGCAGGUCUUUGAGCGUGCUUCUUUGGAUGGGGUGGUUACGGAGUCUUUCUACUUGCAGCAGCAGAUCCACUGGGAGAUGGAGAAAUACCCAAGUCCAGAGAUUUCACCUCCCAAGACCAUGAGGACCGUGAAGAAUCUGCACAAGCUCCUUUCUCGUAUGAGCUUGAGGCAAAUGAUUCAGUUUAUCGGGCAUAGCCCUGUUUGCGACCACAGCUUCCUCGACCAUGUGCAGACACAGAUGGCCUCCACCAGCGCAGGCAGUAUGCGUGAGAUCAGUGGCGUGAGGCUUGCAAAGUCCGUGUGGCUGUAG